AAAAACAACACCACACCCGACCCACUGCCCCGAUAGUCCCUCCCCCGAACGCCAGAUCUCGCCGUCGCCGCGCGCCUCUGGCUCGCCGCCUCUACCCAAACGCCGCCGGGGCCGCCUCCUCCCCCAACCGCCCCAGCGCGUCACCCGCCGCCGACACCCCCUCCCCUGGCCCGAUGCGCCUCCUGGCGCCGCCGGACCGCCAGCACCACCGGACGCCGCCGGAUACCCGGAAUCCCGCGCGCCGCCGCCGCCCACGAGUCCGCCCCCGGGACCAAUCACUCCACCACGCGCCGGCGCGUGGCCCGCCGGAUGUCCUAGACGCCGCUGCUACUCCUCCACUGCUCCGCCAACCUCGUCCUCAUCCCGUCGCCGUGUUCUUCGACGAGGUCGCCGCCCGGAGGUCCACGAGCGCAAAUCCACUCCCGAGCUCCCUGCCGGCAGCCCCACCCUCGACCUUCUUCCUGCAUAUGCGCGACCCAGAAAACAAGUAAUGGCUAUGCUCUCCCGUCGGUUACCCCUCCCGCCGACCGGCCAGGUCCACCCAUCUGAACUUCCUGCGACAAACACUCCAUUUCCUUCCACGUAGCAGUGGAGACGAGCAGACAAAUGUUCUUCUCCUGCUCGCCCUGGGUAGUGUUUGAGUCUGAUGGCCGAAGUGGAGACGAGGAGAGGUGGUCAAUGGCGCCUGGAUUGCGAAGUGGUGAGGUGUUCUUGCAUGUUCGUUGCUUCCACUAAUGGUCGGUCCCUAUUAGCUUGAUGUAUUGUAAUCUUCUAUGCAAAUCUUACUGUUUCGUGGAAAUCCACUAACAAAAAAGAAUUGUUCUAGUAAAAAAUAUAAAAGUAUUCCAAAAUUAACUAAAAAGGGAAUAAUCCAAUUUCUAUACAAAUAAUAUGGUAUUAGUUACAGUACAUAUAUUUACAACAGUGCCUUGACAAUAAGAAACACGCCUCCAACACUAGUUUUGUCACAUAUGUUUGAAGAUCUACGGUAGCCAGGAAAACAAAACAGUUCAAUAUACUGAGAAAAAAAGAUUUAAAAACAACUAUUCAUACGUUAAAAAAUAUGACGUUUGAAUAAGAAAAAAAUACAUAUUUUUAUGUAAGUUCAUGUGUGAAAGUCAGAGAAGGACAAAAGCACUAAAACUAUAUGGAAUAAGGUAGAAAUGUUGAUAGUGAAAUUCGAAUAGGAAAACAGAGAAAUCCAUACUUAUAGUGGGAGAAUUUUUCACUCAAAAAAAAUGCGAAGAAGGCCGGGCAAAUUUACUAGGGCUUUUGUAUUAAAAGAAAUUUGCAAGAACUUUCCAUUCACAUUCCCAUGUUUCAGAAACAAAAACGAGGAAGUCCAAAUUAAAAUAAACAAGCAUUUUAAUGUUUCGAUGUUUAUAUAUGCAAAAAGAAGAAAACAAGUGUCACCAAGAACUUUUUAACUCUUGAAGUUCAAAUUUGAUAAAAUGGAGAGUUCAAAGUAAAUUUUAUUGGUGUACGAAAAAAUAUUCCCAUGAAUUUUCCCAUUAUUGAAAACGGAUAACCAAAUAGUUCAAAUUAAAAUAAAAGAGCCUUUCAAAAUUUGUAACAGGAUCAAAUAUA